UCGCUUCCGCUUGGGGCGGGGCUAGCGCGCGGGGGCACCCUGGCAGAGGCUGCGGGUGUCCGCGCCCCCGACCCGUCCGCAUGGAGUCGGGGGUGCGCCGCGGCUUGGCUACCGCGGGGGGACUGGCCUCGGCGACCCCGAUGCCAAGGCACGAAUUGGGGGCCGGGGCUGAGGCGCGGGUUCGCGGCCCCGGUGCCGUCGGAGCCCGCCGCUUCCUGCUCUGUCUUUACCUGGUGGGCUUCUUGGAUUUGUUUGGUGUCAGCAUGGUCGUCCCUUUACUGAGCCUUCAUGUCAAGUCUCUUGGAGCAAGUCCAACAGUUGCUGGAAUAGUAGGCUCCUCCUAUGGCAUUCUGCAGCUCUUUUCCAGCACACUGGUGGGCUGCUGGAGUGAUGUGGUUGGAAGACGGUCUUCCUUGCUGGUGUGCAUUCUGUUCAGCGCCCUGGGUUAUCUGAUUCUUGGAGCAUCCACCAAUGUGUUCCUGUUUGCCCUGGCUAGAGUCCCUGUGGGUAUUUUUAAACAUACCCUCUCCAUUUCAAGGGCUCUGCUUUCUGAUCUGGUUGCAGAGAAAGAACGGCCACUAGUAAUUGGACAAUUCAAUGCAGCAUCUAGUGUGGGCUUCAUCUUGGGCCCCAUGGUUGGUGGAUAUCUUACGGAGCUAGAAGGUGGAUUUUAUCUGACAGCCUUCAUCUGUUUCUCUGUCUUCAUCCUCAAUGCUGGUCUGGUUUGGCUGUUUCCCUGGUGCGAAGCGAAGCUCUCCAGUGCAGAGAAAGGCCAGCCAGCGAGGAGGAACUCUGCACCCUGGGGGAGGAGAGAUGGUCAAGGGCAGGAAACCGCCACCCCUCCCCGGAGCACAGUCCGCACCAGACCUGCCAGGCCGCCCUGGCUGGAGUUCGCAUCCACACUGCGCGACAUGAAGAGCCUGAUAUUUUCCGAGAUGUGGGACAUCUUCGCCGUGCGCUUGCUGAUGGCAGUGGCGGUCAUGCUCUACUACAGUAACUUCGUGCUGGCGCUGGAGGAGCGCUUCGGGGUGCGGCCGCGGGUGGCCGGCUACCUCAUCAGCUAUGGCAGCGCGCUGGGCGCUCUGGCCGGCCUGGCGCUGGGGCCCCUGCUGCGACUGUACCGGCACGACGGCCACGCCCUCCUGCUGCACUCGAGCGCGCUCACCUGCCUGCUGCUGCUGCUGCACGCCUCCGCCCGCUCGGUGCCCGUGGCGGUGCUCUGCUCCUCGCUGCUGGCCGUGUCCACCGCCGUGGGCAGGACCUGCAUCACCGACCUGCAGCUGGCCGCGGGCGGGGCGCAGGCCAGCGGCACGGUCAUCGGCGUGGGGCAGUCCGUGACGGCUGUGGGCCGGAUCAUCGCCCCACUCCUCUCCGGGCUGGCGCAGGAGCUGAGGGGGAGCCACUGAAGAAUUCAUGCUGGUGAAUGCUCCGUGCACUUGAUGUUAAAGAUCCCUCGAGGGCGGUCAUCCAAGGGGAAUGGGAAGGAGAAGUCACAGGCACUGAGGGCAUCAGGUAGGGCACGAAAUCUGAAAGGCCUGGGGACUGUCAGCUUGUGACCUCCGGGGAGGCACUGGGUGGCAGAGCUUAGAUAAGGUUAGCUAGUAAUGAGUGUUGAGACAUUCUGCCCCGUCCUCCGUUAGCUGUAAGAGAACAUGUGUGGGCAAUUAUGAGAGAUUGUUCUCUGCAUGUCCUGAAUAUUAGGAGACAUGUUUUCUGUGGGACACUUUUAUAAGAAGUUUAGACACCUGUGGGGGAGCCGUGGGGGAGCCCCUGGGGGAGUCAAUCCGCUUAGGGGAAAUUUCCGGCUUUGGGGCACCUGCUAGAAGGGAUAGCUUUUUAUUUGGAAUGUAUAGUAAAAGCCAGCAUGGUGAUUUCCCAUGUCCUAUUCCCUCUGGAAACCUUAGCCUUCCAGAAGUCUCUGAAAUAAGAUUCCCACAGAUCUAGCCAGGAUGAUGUAUAAACGUAGCUCUUCUCAGAAAAGGGUGAUGGACUGAGAAAAAUUGUUUUUCUGUCCUAAAAUUGUAUUUUCCCAAAGAACUUUGCCAGUUAUGUGGUAAUAAUUUUCUUUAAUAAUACAAUCCCUUUAAAAUUAUAACAAAGUGUUAUCAUUUAUUCUGAGUGUAAUUUUUAGGAGCUGUUGCUGCAUCCUGACUGUAUAUGUAAAGUCAGGGUCCAAAAGCACUGGGAAAUGUUAACCUCCAGUUAUGCCAAAACGCGUCCUAAUAGUAAGAACAACAAGCAUUUGGCUUUUCAAACCAUAUGCUAAUACCAAAUGUAUACAUAAUCUUAAAUUUAUUGCACAUCUUUGGCAAGCAGAUUGUUUUAAGAUGACAUCUCAUCAGUAGGAUUUAUUUUUACUUAAUCAGAUACACAAAUACUAAGUUAUUUUAACACAAUAUUUUACGGUAGAUUUCUCAUUUCUCCCAAACAGAUCACCUAAACUCACCACUUCACAGACAGCUGUGUACGAACACAAUAUAGACAAUUUCUGUUUUCCUGAUUCAGUACAUUGUAAGAGAUAAUGCUGAUUUUAAUUUGGAAUUGGAUACUCUCAAACAGCUUGCACUGUUCCUCAAGGGGAAAAGAUAAUUAUAAACAUUAAGGAAGGAGGUGUUAAUUAUUACCCAUAAUUACAUAGCAUAAACUAUAGCAUAAGAGGGGACUAAGGACCUUGUUUGAAUAAAAAAAAAAUUGUAUGUUGAUCAGCCUUGUUGUAAACUAUACUACAUCCUGAUAAAUAAAAAUCCGCUUUUUUUUUUUUCCAAAGCAUACACUGUGGAGGGAAAAAUAGUUAAAAUACCUAUGAAUAGUUGCAGUUUACAACAUUGAAUAGGAGAUGACCUUUCUUUAGGCUUAUCAAAGAAUCUCUUCUAUUUUGAAUCACUGGGACUCAGGUGCUUACCCAGACUGAGAAUUUUUUUUUUUUUCCCCAUGAGAUACCUUACCCCUAAACCUAUCCUGAGUUUGCCUAAUGAAACUGAAACCACAUGAACUCUCCGGAAUGAACCUAAUGUAAUAAACGCGUUUGCUGCUGACUAUGGGGCCUGGCCCUCGGAUCUGAGUGCACAUGAAUGGGUACAUGACCUGGGCUUGCCCUGGUCUGUGCUGUGGGCUGGGCUGGAACAUAGGCCCUGGCAUCAUAAGCCAACUUCUGACAGUGCCAGGCGGUCAUGACAUGGAGAAGAGCGAGCGUUUUCUCCUGGUCACCUUCAGAGCACCUUCCAUCUUCUAGGAAUGAACAAAACAAGAAAGUAUGUCAAGUUGUAACGCUUUCAAACUCAUUCUCCAGCUAAAGGUAAGGACUUGAACUGGAUGCCCGACAGGGGUACAUAAUUAUGGUAGUAAAUACAGUAAACGGUGUUGAGUAGGUGCCAAAAACUAUAUGUUAGUGAAAACCUAAAAAAUUGAUGUGUUGGUACAGAACCCUGCGUACUCUUGUAAAUUUUACCAUAAAUUUGGUAAGACAGUUGAUGGCAUCCACCUAAUUUGUCUUGCUUGAGUUGGCUUGGGAAGGCAGCAUGAAUGUUCCAAGGCAUGCAUUAUUUUUGAACCCUUUACAAGGGUCUGUUUACAUAGAGAAAAUUAAUGGGCCAGUUAUAAUCAUCAUUUGAGUUUAACACAGUUAAAAAUGUUAUCCCUGUUUUGAGAUAUGAUGUAUAUUUGAAGCUAAAGCAACUGAUAUUUGUAAUACUCUUAAAUUCUUACUUUCACAAAUUCCAGGUAUCAUGACUCCAUUUUAGCACACAGGAAAAUGGUUUUGAUAUAUAAAUGCAAAAAUCGAAAUUGGGGUGCUGUCCUUAUUUCUCGUGAUGCAUUAUUUUAUCCAUAGUGAUUAAAUAUCUUUAUUCCAUUAAAUGUUUCCACUCCAUACUUAUUCAACACUUAGAUUUUUGUACAUUUCACAGAAACCAAGAGAAAUUCUUUGUUAGUACACAUACAUAAAAUUUCUGUUUGGCAAGCAUAAUUACCAAAUGCUGGAUGCAGAGAGCCCUCAUUUAAAUUGCAAAUUUUUUUACCACGUGUAGUGAUGACAUAACAGGACCCAGUGAAAUUAAAAAAGAGGGAGAAGAAAAACAUUUGCAUAUUUAAUUCAGGGUGUUUUGUUGGCAUUCUGUCUCCUGGACAGGGCAUUUCCAUACUGCACAACACAAGGAUAACAGAUCCCCAUGAAACAUCUGUAACAUGAAACCCCUGAAGUCGGUUCUCAGCCAUUCAAAAUCAUCAAUACGCUAUGCAGAUAAAAAAUUUGAUAAUCCAUUGACAGCAGAUAUAUUAACUCUAGACAAAGAAACACCUAUUUCUCUGAUGAGACAGGUAAGAGAACUGACCGGUAUUUCCUGACUAUUUUUAGAGGUAGUAAAAUAGAAUUUUCUUUGAAAAAAUUGUAGGAAGUUAGAAGACAGAAGGGAUCAAAAAACUAUGUACCAUUGCAACAUUAAAGAAGACGUUCAAAACUAACCAUGUGGGUGCUUCGGCUGCACAUCUGCAGGGGGUGACCACGUUUGAGGGGGUCAGCCACAUGUAGAGUGAAUGACAUUGGAAAAAAUCUAAAGGAAGGUGUCUUUUCUCUUGAACAAAGUGCUGUGGUCAUAGCCAGGCAGCACUUACCCUGAUGGGGGUUCUCUCUGCCUUACAAGCAGAUUCAAGAAAGGGCCUGGUUAAGACGUUGGAUAUAAAGUACCAGCAAGCUACACAUUUUGCUCUGAAAGUUACACACACACACACACACACACACACACACACACACACACUAUCUCUCUCUCUCUCUCUCUCUCAGAUCAUCCGACAGUUGAGUCCUGAGCGUUCCUCGUUCAUCUUAACAAAGGGAAUCAACAUACAAUGUUCAGGCUUGGGCAGACCAUGCCAACACCUACUUCCACCAAAGAAAUCUCUUUAAUCACUCUUUGGAGAGGAAAGUAAGUGUGAACUUCAAACUAACAAUAUUACAGUUCUUACAUUUGUUUAUAAAAUGCCAGUUUUAACAUAAACAUGAUUUGGACAGUACAACAAAUGGAAAACAUACUGAGACAUGUAAUAAAUAACUUCUCUAUGCUCUUUAUAUAAAUAAACACUCCCUUCCCCCACUACAAAGCUUAGUAAACGCCAAAGGGAAUUUCGUCCCAGAUAUUCUGGGAGCUUGUACACAAAAUGCACAUUUUUUUAAACUUUUGAACUUUGGAGCCAAUUUCUAGUUGUUCACUAACUGUCCUGUUCCCAACAGUCAGCCCGUAGCAUUACAGGUAAAGAAAUAAGCCUAGACUUUGCAUUUAUAGGUAGUUCAAGUCAAAUUUGUUACAACAAAUACCAAAGACCCAUCAAAAUUCUAUAGUCACACUGGAACUUUGGUUGGAUCAAGUAUUACUUGAAUCAGGGGAGUC